AUGGAGAGGCGGCAUUUUUACCUAGAGGAACAACUACAGAACGACCAGUUCAACAGGAGAGUGCAAGAUGAGUACAGGCAAAGGUUUGGAGUGGCUCCUCCGAAGGGUCAGCAGAUGGAGGAGCUCUCCGUGGAUGCCUCGCUGGAUGCCUCGGUGGAGUCUCCUCCCAGAAGAGGCACCCUAACCGAAGAGAGGAAGAAGAGGGACCCCCCCCUGAAAAAGUACAUUGCCCCUUUUAUAGAUUUAGGCAAAAGAUUUUAUUCUUCAGUAACCCUACUGUACGAACCCAAGUUAACCCAUCUGUCCAUUCUGCUGACGACCCUGUGGGCUUUUAAAAACGUCAAGAGCAUUAACCAGCUGCUCAUUCAUAAGUACGCAGAUGUCCAUUACCAAAUUACUCGCCCAGAUUCACUGAGGAGUAGAUGUAGAGCAUUCAAAGUGUUGGCCCUUGGGGGGUCCGUCCUCCCCGGGGGGGUUAUUGGUUUUGCUCUAUACGACUUUUACUGGGGAAGGACCAACGCGGCGCUCGUUGCGAACAAUGGGGGGGCCUCCCCCGCGAGGAGCGCCUCUCCCCUCAUCCCCUACAGUCUGCGGAGGGACUUAUCGAGGAAGAUGCGCCUGCUGAAGGAGAAGACCCUCUUCUUCGCGAAGGACCUGGCCGGGAACAACAACUUCAAGAGGCUGUCGAGGGAGUACCACCGGGGCCUCGACCGGCGGCUGCAGGGCCUCGGCGCGAAGAGGGGCCCGCCGGAGUAG